CCACCAUCCGUGGGCGCACGUCGGACGCCGCCAUUGUUACCGAGCCUCGGCCGCGCCGCACCGUCGCCGGAGAGACGACGCACGGGCGUACGUCGCGUCGUCGUGUCACCGAAUCCAUUUCGCCAGCCGUCGUCGUCGUCGUCGUCGUCGUCGUCCUCGUCCUGUCGUGGCAGCGUCAACGUCGUGCUCGCGUCCGUCGUGCCGUCGAGAUCGUUUCGCUACGCUUCGUUCCGCUACGUACGUCUCUCGGCGCCGUCGAGGCUCAUCGAGAGGGUGGGAGCGAACGAGUGAGGAAGAGAGAGGGAGAGUGAGCGAAAGGGAGAAAGAAAGAGAGAGAGAGAGAGAGAGAGAGACAGAGAAAGGAAGAGCGCCCUGGCCACUCGCAAAGGAUCGCCCUGCUCGACGUUCCCUCCUGUCCUCCGUGCGACCUCCGCGCCGAGGCCGACGACGAUCGCUCGGCGUCCCGACCGAUGCCUCGUCGACGGAUUCAAGCCGGUGCUACGGCCGUGUUGUGCAUCGUACGGUGUUAGUGCAUCAUGUGAUUGCUUCUGCACCAGGGUACUCUCUUGGCCACGGUGACGGAUACUAGCGCGUGAAGUCGGUCGCCGACGUCGACGACGACGACGACUCGCCCGUUGUUUUCAUUCCUCGCGGCACCCCGCGGCGCGUUGCAUCGCGUCGUCUUCCUUCGAAGGCUCCAGCGACUUUCCCUUUUGCCGCGCGCCCGUUUGCUCGCCUCGACUCGUCGAGAUUCUGAGUGCAACGACGACGACGACGACGACGACGACGACGAGCAUCGUCAGCGAGGUCGUCCCGGCCGCGUCUCUCGAUGCCGACGACGUAGCCAGCCGUCCUCGGCCAGCUCUCCUCGCGACGCACGCGAGAUCUUCUCAUCGACAAGCAGCGUCAUCGCGAGCUUUCUUCUUCCGAUCUCCCGACGCGCUCCUCAACGCGUUCGUGCGUCAACCCCGACUGCGAGACCGGAUUGCACUCAGCUCGAAUUUCAACCACCGAAGAUGCGGAUGCAGGAACUGGCAUUCCCACGUCGGAAAGGGAUCCUCGCCCCAGUGUCGGUGUUGGUGCUGCUGAUACUACCAUUGGUCGAUUUACUCUCUACAAACGGCUCGUGCGACUUUCCAUCGGGUUGGACGGGGGAGUGGUACCAGUACGGCAAGCCACCAUUCGGUAUAAACACGACCCUUCUCGGGGAUAGAACAUGCGUCGAGACAAAGGACGACAAGUACAUCGUGUAUUUCAGCGGCGAGAACUGCUACCACUGCAUGAUCAUCAACAAGCGGCAUGAUAACGUGAUCCAGUAUCGCGAAGGCUGGUGUAGCCCGGAACGCACGAGCCUGGACGACAUGUGCAACAUGAUCACCUCGGACGACAUGCUCUACUCGAUCUUCCGCAUGCACUCCAAACCGAUACCCUGCCCGUUCACCGGCUCGUCGUUCAUGUUCACGUACAACCGGGGCUACGGCGAGUGCACGAGUCCCAUCAGCCUCGCGGAGAAGUGCACCGACGAGAGCAAACUUCUACUCAAGUACCAAGCCUGCCCGGACGUCGAGGGGACCGAGAGUAACACGGAGGAGCUGCAGUGCCUCGCCGUGUGGAACGACGGCCGAAAUAAGUAUCUGGUGGGGACGCUGAAGGGGAGGAACGCCCUCGGCAACGGCAGGACUUACAGAUGUUUUUUAUACGAGGAGAAGGCGCAUCAUCAGGGCAAGAUCUAUCUGCUCGCCCAGUCCGGCGACCCGACUUGCAACGGCCUCACCACCGUCUCCGAGGGCUCACCCACCAUAAAACUCACUAAAGUCGACAAAGAGCACAAGUGCAAGUAUCCGGCCUGGGUAACCCAGCAUCACGACUGGCACUCUCUAGACGGCACCAAGGUCUAUCACUUCACCAACAAGAACGCCACGCUGAAGGUGAAGCCGCAGUCGCAGGACACUGACGUGGACGCGCUGCACGAGGAGAAGAUCGUCUGUCACAACCUGGAGCAGCUGUAUCCGAACGACAACAUGCAAGGCAACAAAGUCAAGCUGAUCGCGCACGUCACCAGCGGCUGCGACAUUGGAUACGUGUGCAUGAUCUUCCACAGAAGGGACAGCCACAUCAUCGAGAUUCAGCAAUCAGACCAAAAGGCGAUUAUGCCGGACGAGGCGUGCUCGAUUUCGGACCCCUCGACGAUGCCGUACACGACCCUAAUAACCACGUUCCUGCAUCAGAGGAAAUGUCCUAAUCCGGGACGGUACGAGAUCCUGGAUUUUGCACUGUCCCAUGUACUAUCGGCCGCUGCGUCAAGGCGCCAGCGGCGCAGCGAGCUGUCCGAGACGACCAAGAGGCGGACUUGGCAGGAUAACACCGAGGACGAGGAGUGCAGGAGCACGCAUAUUCAAGUGGGCUGCACGUCGUCCGACCAAACUGAGAUGAUAAUCGCCAACACGUGCGAGCACGAGGAGAUUGCUUAUUACUGUCACGGUAGCUGGGAGGAAAAGGGCACAUGGUACACGAUCGCAUCUCAAAGAAACCCCGAGUUCUCGAUCGGCCUAGGCGGAGGAGGAACGUUCUGUUUCACCAUGCGCCAGGAGGGCGUCAGGGACAAGGCUUCGGGAAGAAGCGGCAGACUGAAGCAACAGGAGCAGGAAUUGUGGCUGUCGAGGCCCUCCAACAUUUGCCAGAGAGAAGCCAAGGAGGAAUGGACGUAUAGACUGUCGAGUCAAGGUGUGUGCGAGGACUUAACGAAGGCAGCUUCGAGCGUGGCGUCUACCCCUCCGUCGUCGUCGUUACUCUCGCUUCUGUUUACCUUGUACGUAGCAGCUUACAUCGCUACUAACACGCUGCGCGUAUUACUCUCGAGAUGAUCUGCAGCUAUUAAGUGUAAGGGGUCUCGAGGUGUACUGUAAUUUCCAGCACGGAUUCUCUCAGGUAUUGCGUGUUGCUGGAAGUGCGUGUGUAUGUACAUAUAUAUAGCUCAUAGUUUGAUAGCUAUCGAUCGACGAGCUGUCGAUACGUGAAAAAUACGCGACAUGAGAACGCGACGUGCAGCUUAACAUCCAUUAUCGACAAUAUAAUUUCCGUUCUAUCGACGCAGCAAGCCUAAUUACGCUAAAAUAGCCGCCGAUCGCCAUUGUUUCCGACUGAAGACACGAGAGGCGAGAGAGAGAGAGAGAGCGAGAGAGAGAGAGAGAGAGAGAGAGAGAGAGAAAGAGAGAGAGAGAGAGAGAGAGAGAGAGCCGUACACCCCGUUUCCUCGAGUGCUAUACGAUUAUUUUUUACGAUAUAUUACUUUUGCAACUCGCGAACUCGUAUUCCGCACGAGAGCGACUGAAACUCUAGGCGCUUUCUAGAUUCCAGCACCGCUGUUGUUUCCCGAACGUAAUGCGGCAUCGCGUAUAGGCCAAUACUUUACUGCCAGAUUUGUUGACUAAUCGGAACGGCGGCUUGAACACUACCACCGUGGUGGUUCCGUUUGCGCGGAUAAUUUACGAUCGCUCGCGUGUUUUCCGUUCGAUUUCGGGCGAGAAAGUGAGAGCGACGAUAUUCAGGGCUGGGGGAACUUGAUGCUAAAAAUAUGAAUCUCGAGUGGAAAGUGCAGCGGCCGCAGGUCGCAUUUCCUGCGAGAAAUGUGACUAAAAAUUUGAAGCGCGGGAUACUGAUGGAGAGAGAAAGAAAGAGAGAGAGAGAGAAAGAAAAAGAGAGAGAGAGAGAGAUACUCGAUUCUCGCGGUAAUAACACGAUGGAAGAGUGGCCGACGACGAAUCAUCAGCUAUAAACUCGAGGAUAUAUAUUUCGGAGACACAGUCCCAGCCUGAAUAUCUUCCUUUCGUCGGCUAACGAAAGUGUGUAAUUUAACGCGACAGCCUCGAAUCACGACCACUUGAGAGUACUUUAAGACUCGGAGUGUAUAUUCUUAUUAAGUAAUCGCGCUAAUUGUACAUACGACCAGGGUAUAAGUAAUCGAGAUUUCAAUUGGUUAUUUUCGAACGAGGGUCGACAGACAUGACGAUUAUGUAAUUACAACCCGCCCGACUGGCACAGGUUGAGCUCGUGUACUUGGAUUUUGUGUAACUGCAAGGGACAUAGGUUUUAUCCUUUAGCUAGAGUAUGCAGCAAUUGUACAUAAUAUAAUGGAGAUAUUGUAUAAAGACUGUUUCUAAAAGAGUAACGAGUAUACCGCUCACACGAUUGCAUCUCGUCACCGGCAGACGUGCGUGCAUUUUCAAAGACAUUCUCGAGAUCGGCCUCGCAAACGAAGGUCCGCGCCUCGUCGCGACACUCGUGCCGACACAGGUUCGUGAGUUUGCGAGUCUCGACAACGACAAGCGAAGAAACUCGGGGAGCGUUUCUCAGAAACCAAGAGCGAAUCGGCCAAGAACGUUGUCCGACGCGCGCGCGCGUUUCUACGGAAGAGAUCGGUCACACGAACGUGAAAAUUCGCAACGAUUGGCGAAUCGACGUGGAAAUUAAUUACGGGCUAAUCGACCAAGACCCCCCCCCCCUCCCCCGAGAUUCGUAUCCCCCGAGACUUCCAUCAAGAUGCCCCGGGCGGAACAAUCUCGUUGGUAAUCUUCGUCUUUUCAAGCGGCUUUCAAACCGACUUGGCUACGUUGGAGAACUUUGAAUAUUAAUUACCAUCAGGUCUCGAGAUUGAUCGCGCGGCGCAGUAUAGCUCCUCGGGAUUUGAAGGUAAAGAAAAAAAGAAAUUCCAUCGGACCAGCCGCAAACUCACGAACUUUACCGUGUAACGUAACUGUCGACGUAGCCGGCCGAGUGUGGUGGUGCACCCGCGGACCUCCCAGGACACGCGCAUUCGUAUCGCGUAUAAACAUGCUUUUGCAUCUCUAAAAAUAGAGUUAGUGGAUGUCGAAAACAGAUCGAUCACGCAUCUCGUUAUCUCCCCGUUCGUCAUCGACGAUACGAGACCUCAGGCGUGUGUCUUUCGGUAUUCGGACGCGCUUCGAUUUCCAGUUCGCCGACGCGUCCCGAAUCGCGCGCGACACGCACGUUGUUGUGCGUAUGUGUAUCGCGAUGAGGAGUUCCUCCUCGGCGAACCGAACGCUCUCCUGUCGUUCUCCUUUCCCGCGGCCUACUCUACGAAAACAAAGUCAAUGUGUAAUUCAAGAUGAGUGGGAGCUUUGCACGCGUUUUCUUCGCUACUGCAUCCUCGCGAAUUCAGAUUCAGCACGACACCGUCGUCCUCCACGAUACCAAACAUUGCGGCGGGCAAAGUAUUAUAGA